UUCCCCCCCACACGGCAGUAGUAAGCACAUCUCGUCGGAAUUAAACUUUUAACAUCUGAGCUGGUGGCAGAUUUUGAUUCUCGUGCACUACAACUCGGCGACUUUUUCUGCACACCGAGCCGUGAACAGAGCGCGUGAAGCUGGUGAGCGAGCCCGCGCGCGACAGCUGAGAGUCGGCAGGCGGUCGCGCGAGGUUUGAGCGGAAACGGUUUCAUGGAGAAGCUUCGCGGGCUGUCAGUGGAGGAACGGCGAAGCGAGUAAAGGAGAAUUUGUUUUUUUUUUUUUUUUUUUUACAAAGCCCUACCGGAAUAGCAGGUGAUCCGAGGUUUGACAAUGUAGCUAUUGAGCUCUUUCGCAUAGCCUAAAUGGCUUCUUUGGAUUUACCGGUAUGUGGUGAGAUUGAGGCGCAGCGACCGCGACAUUUUAACCGAACAAUUGAACUAUUUUGGACAAAUCCGACAGAAAACACGACCUCUAUUUACACCAAUUUAAGGCAUGUUACCUUCACCCCAGGUGUGUUUGUCCACCCUGGUUACGGUCAGCACGAUGGCUGUGCUUGACCUCUAUCUCCUGGAACAGAGCAUGCUUGGCCGUGGGAGUAGGUCUUGGCCAGCUACAUGGGCAUGCACCGCUGUGGCCCUUGGUGACCUGGGUUUCCUGCUGGCACUUCGCUUUGUGUCGGCUGGCGUUGCAUCGGAGGCACGCUCGCCACGGCGUGCCUUUGCCAGCGCUCUCUGGUUCCUGUUUCUAUCCUUGCUGGAGCUCAAGCUUUUCUUUGUGUGCCAGAACUACAGGCAUGAACGGCGGCCAGCUGACCCACUGGCACGCAAAACACUCACGCUUCUGCUCUCUGUGGGGCUUCCCUCGCUUUUUCUAGUACUGACUGGAGCUGAGCACGUAACUCCGGCUCACCGGAAGCAGGAAGUUCGUGCCAGGCUCCUUUGGGUGGCCCUUGACCUGCUAGAUGUGCUGGACUUGCAGGCUGGCCUGUGGGAAGAAGCACAAAGUAGUGCUUUAGUCCCACUAUGGGUUGAUGGUGUUAUCUUCUUCUAUUGCUAUGUGCUACUGCUUCUCUUGCCCUGUGUCUCACUCACUGAGCUAGCACUUCCAGGACUGAGGCGGGCACGCAGGGAAGCUGUAUACCCAUGGCUCAGUCUGUUUGCCAUUAAUGUGAUGACACUGGCGCUCAGGGCUGUGGGUGUACUCUGGUACAGGGACCCAAGGAUAUCCACAGUGUUCGUAGGGAAGAAUGUACUGGCACUGGUUGUUAAGCUUAGAUCAGCUUGGGAUAUGCACAGAAACAGUAGCGGCGAGGGACAGGGAGAAGGGGGUGAUGGUGGAGGGAGAAACCAGCGCUUGGGGAUAGAUGCGGAGCAAGUGGAGCAAGGACAGAGUGGCACAACUCCAUCCACCCGGGACCACACACUCUUGCGGACUCAUGGCCAAAGCCAUAUACGGCUGGAUCAUGCUGAGAGCUCCCUGGGGUCUGCCUACAUUUCACAGGAGCUCUAGAUGGACAGAUCAGCCACUGUGAAUAAGCAACAAUAAAAGACUUAACUUUUUGGUCACCAGUUGUCCUUCCUGUCUGGGUUUUGGCCAGAAACAAGUAAUAACUCAUCUUUUUGAGCACGCAUUCUACUAGUGCGAGUUCUAUUCUGAUUUUGCUUUGUUUUUUAUUGUAUGGAGAGAGUCAUUUCUUUUAUCCAUUGCCUUUCUGGGCCUAAAAUACAGUAUUUCAUUUAAAGGCAAAGAAUCAUUUAGUCCCUGUUCCGUGUUUACCAUUGGUAAAAAAUACCAUUAUUACUUUUUUUUUUACCAUUAGUAUUUUCCUGAUGGAUUAUACACAAUGCAUUUGUAUGUUCCCAAAAUUACUUUUCACCAUUUUAUUACAUAGUGCUUCUCUUGAUCUUUAACAUCAGUUGCAUAAAUAAGCAUUACCUUCAGUGGGAGUUUAAAGUUUUUGUGCUAGUUAAGUAUUAACCGUCCUCUUCAUUUUUAAUAUUAGUUUUAUCAUGGCAGUCUGCAAGUUGCUAUACACUUCCUUUUCUCAUAGGCAAAAUUACACAGAAUCAAUUAUAUUUCAGCAUUUUAAUUAGGUGAGAUAUAACUAUUAAACCAUUAAGCUACCACGAUGACUAAUCUUACAUUUACGCCAUAGCCAAUCUUGUCUUCGUAUUUUAGUCCUGUUAGAUCUGUGCUUCGUAACAGUGAGGAAUAUACACAUAAGA